AAGUGAAAGCUGUUCUUUUUCUUUUGAAGGAGGUCCUCUCACCAUGUGGCUGUACCUGGCGGUCCUCGGGGGCCUGUUCUACCUCCUGCGCUGGUAUCGGGAGAGGCAGGUGGUGAGCCACCUCCAGGACAAGUUCGUCUUCAUCACGGGCUGUGACUCGGGCUUCGGGAACAAGCUGGCCAGGCAGCUGGACCUGCGAGGCUUGAGGGUCCUGGCUGGGUGUCUGACGGAGCAGGGGGCCGAGCAGCUGAGGAACCAGACAUCAGGCAGGCUGCAGACGGUGAUCCUGGACGUCACCAAGACUGAGAGCAUCGCUGCGGCCACCGAGUGGGUGAAGGAGCGUGUGGGGGACAGAGGGCUCUGGGGUCUGGUCAACAAUGCAGGCGUUUUUCACUCACAUGGCUGUGCUGAGUGGCUGAAGAUUGAGACCUACAAGAACACCCUUAGGGUGAACCUCGUUGGUUUGAUAGAGGUGACCCUGAGCAUGCUUCCCCUGGUAAGGAGAGCACAGGGGAGAAUUGUCAAUGUCUCCAGCAUUCUGGGAAGAAUUGCUUUCUUUGGAGCAGCCUACUCUUGUUCCAAGUAUGGAGUGGAAGCCUUCUCAGAUAUUCUGAGGCGUGAGCUUCAACAUUUUGGGGUGAAAGUCAGUAUGGUUGAACCUGGCUACUUCAGAACAGCAAUGACAGAUGUGCAGAAGUCCUUAGAGAUGAUGAAACAAACCUGGAAUGAAGCCCCUGCGCAUAUUAAGGAGACCUACGGACAGAAGUUUUUUGAUGCCUAUCACGACAUCAUGAAACAAGGGAUAAUGGGUUGUAGCACAAACCUAAACCUGGUCACCGACUGCAUGGAACACGCUCUGACAUCCGCUCAUCCCCGCGCUCGAUACUCAGCUGGCUGGAAUGCUCAGUUUUUCUUUGUCCCUCUAUCUUAUUUACCUACAUCCCUGGCAGACUACAUAUUGACUAGAUCUUGGCCCAAACCAGCGCAGGCAGUCUAAAGAAAAAUGGUCUGAUGGCCCUUGAAAUGAAGACAAAAAUUUGAAAUUGAUGGUGUCUCGCUAAUCCUAAUGCAUAAUCUGUAAUUUUUCUAGCAAUCAUCUUUCUUGCUUAAAUUCAUUUAUCUGACACCAUCAGAGAACCAACAUGUUAAAGUUAUAGAUAUCCAAAGCUUACUCCCUUUAGGUGCUAAAUCUCUACUAUUUUAGCCAUUUUUGGAUGACAAUAUUUCCAAAAUGCAUCAAUCUUCUUGCCCUGUUAGAGUAGACUAAAAACAGUUUAGCUUGUUUUGAUGCUAUUUCUUUAUGUAAGUGAAUAGCUGUUCUGUGCUGUGAUCAGCUGUUGCUCAGGGAAUAUUGAGAAACGUGGGUCUGUUAAUUCUUCCUUGAAAUGGGUCUGUACUUUGGUGCUUUUAAUAAAUGAUUAAUUGCAUCUUCUUGCUAUUA